GUCGAGUAAGUACGACAUAAACGCAUGAAUGAUUUAGAAAAACAUUCGAUAUGUUAUAGAGCGGUGCCUGAAACGAAUCGAAAUGAGUAGUGGCCCUGGCCAAUAUUGUGUGCAAUGCAUGAGAAACGCGAAGGAAGCUGGCUGUUUUGCAGUUUAGAAACCGACUCAGGUGUUCGACGGCCAGGCCCACUAAACUUCUCAUGCGAUGUGUGGCAAGCGAAGCGACCGACGAACGUCGAAGAGGCGAUAUCAUGUGAAAUGCUAUUUCUGGCUCUCAACCGAUGCGUUCGAGAGGACUCGAUGGAUCUCUGGCAUCUGCUAUUCUAGCGAUAGACCGACCUUCCACCAGCGGGAGCAAGUCCGUUCGCUGGUUACGAGCCCAAGCGGGCGGCGAAUGCGUCCGCUUCCCUUCCGAACUGGGGACCAAUAUUUAUUUUGGAUGGGGCUAUAAUGGCCCAUGGGUCGACGGCGGGACGCCGUUGCUCGUGGAAUCCCAUAGAAUACACAGCGUAGCAUGCUACAUGCCUCGUAGAUGCCCUUCCAGUCUCUGAACUAAGGUGCCGGUUGUAAAUUUCCGCCUACUAUUUCUCAAAGUCGAUGGAUGUACGCUGUACUAUCCGUUGUGAGUUAUCUGUACCAUUUAAGGCGGGGUAACAGG